CGAGUGCGUAGCGAAACAACUAUUUGGAUGGAUUUCACUUAUUGCGAGUUCCCCAGCACCGUCUCCGUAGACACCUUCAAGGCCUAUUUCAAUGCCAGCGAUGUCAAGCUGCCCAAAGUCAACAGUAAAUCAUUGGAACAAUUGCAGCCGGAGACCGGCGGCGAAUGCCAACCAGCAAAUCAAGCGAAAAGUCUGCGACAUCUUGUCCUCGAUGCCAUCGUGAGCAAUUGGAGCGAGCUGCCGCUCUACCGUCAGUUGAGACGACGCCAGGACCGUAACUACAUACUCAGCCAGCUGGAUACGCAGCUGCCGCUGCAGUUGCUCAGCGUCCACAUUCGCGACGAUUACUUCUGGCGUCGCUGCUACGAGCUGCGCUGGCGCCUUGCCCCAUUUCAGGCACGCGGCAUGGAACGGCGCUGGAUUAACAUUUACAUGGAGCGACAUGUGCAGGAGUUUAUUGAAAAUAUGCAAACCGGCGACUACGAGCAGGAUGGCAACGUGCAGGCCGCCUUGGACAUCUGUGCGGCGUACAUAAAUCAAUUGGAGAUAAAUCUGCUGCAGCCCGCACCGCCCGACAGCGAGAGCAAUGAUCACAUUCCACUUGAUUACCUGCUGAGCAAUCUGCCGGACUUACGCCGACUGCGGCUGAGCUACAGCACCAAGACAGCGGGCAUCAAUUACCAAAUAGGCUGUAAUCAACUAACGCCCCGCGACAUUAUCCUCCUGGCCAAGGGACUCAGUCAGUGCCACGAGCUGCGCAAGUUUUGUCUGCACAAUACGAAGCUUGUGGCAUAUCAGUUGCGAUUUUUGGCACACAGUCUGGACAAGGGUUGUCAUCAUUUGAAGGAGUUAUCCUUUCUGCACUGUGCUGUUGGGGAUGCGGGCAUACGCUGCUUUCUCGGAACCUGCGGCAAGGAGUCCUUUGCAACCCUUACCGUGCUCGACCUAACCAACAAUAAAAUCACGGAGGAGGGUGCCUACACCCUGAGUAGAAUUUUAACAAAUGUGCCCCUCAGGCGACUCGUUCUACGCCUGAAUCCCAUUCAAAGCGAUGGGGCUGCUGCCAUUUUCCACACACUGCAAAUGAUGCCGAUCAGGGAUUUGAAUUUGGGCAGCUGUUCCAUCAGUGAGAGCAUCACCAAGUUGUUCAUGAUGCUCAUCUGCCAGCACAAGACUUUGCUCCACAUCGACAUAUCAAACAAUUGCCUGGGCGAGGACUUUGGCAAGCACCUGCUGAAGAUAAUUAGCUGUAACAAGAUGCUGGAGGAGUUGGACCUACGCAAUACGGGUCUCUCCUUGGACAUGCGCCACAAGUUCCAAGAGAUUCUCCUGAAGAAUGCCGAACGUAAAAAGCACGAAUCCCUCAAACAACAACAACGCGAUAAAUUCAAUGCUAUGCUCAAACUAUAAACAUUCUUUGAGUCAUUAAGACUUCCUUUUUAAAUUCUCUGAUUUGAUCUCUUGAUUUUUGACAAUUUCUAA